AUGAUCAUCCCCGUGAGAUGCUUUACAUGUGGGAAAGUUGUUGGAAAUAAAUGGGAAGCGUACUUGGGCCUUCUUCAGGCUGAAUAUACAGAAGGGGAUGCUUUGGAUGCCCUGGGACUGAAGCGGUACUGUUGCCGGCGGAUGUUGCUUUCUCAUGUAGAUCUGAUUGAGAAGCUGCUGAAUUACGCACCCUUAGAAAAGUGA